ACCUCUACCAGGACAGCUCCAUGCUCACCUUCGAAGGCCAGAAGAUCCAGGGCGCCCAGAACAUCGUCGCCAAGCUCACCUCUCUCCCUUUCAACCAGUGCCUUCACUCCAUCACCACCGUUGACUGCCAGCCCUCCUCCGCCCCCAACGGCAUGCUUGUCUUCGUCAGCGGCAAUCUCCAGCUCGCCGGCGAGCAACACGCCCUCAAGUUCAGCCAGAUGUUCCAUUUGUUACCAACACCACAGGGAAGCUACUAUGUUUCAAACGAUAUAUUCCGGUUGAACUAUGCUUGAAGAUAGAGUAUGGCAUAUGUGACCUGAAAGGUAGAAGUUUGCCUAUGGGCUAUAGCUGUUUCAUAUCGUGACAUUUGUAAUUGAAAAUGGAGUUUCUUUUUGGCUGGAUGUGAACGAUUAGUUGUGCCAUUUCUGUUUAGAAUUUUAUAUUGUGAUUGGUUCAAAGUCGUUGUAAGGACAAAUUAUCAAAAGAUUACCGGGUAUGAGCUGAUGUUGAAAACUUUGCUAGAUUUCUGUUCUCAGAACUGAGAUAUGGGAUGGGGUCCAAGCAUCUCCUUCAUGUUUUCUUAACAAA